GAUGUUCGAAAACGUCAGCGGUAUGUUGCAGCAGUUUUCCAAAUUCAAAGGCAAAGGUCAAGGUCACCUGGAAGUGAUGCCAGAGUUCAACGCGCAUGCUCAGGCCAUUGUCAUGACCAUAGAAUAUUUGAUCUUCAUUGAUCAACCGGGACGUUUUAAUAGAAAAGUUACCGACCUUGUCAGGUCACAUAUAAACAGAAGCAACAGCCCCGCUGGAUCACAGCUAUUUCAGCAACUGAGAGACAAGAUACACAUUUUUGUUGAACAAGAGCGAGCUGUGGCUCCUUCCAGUGUAGAAUCACAAGUGUGGAUCAAGUUCUUUACCGUCAUUGUGAACAUCUGCAAGAGGGAAGAGAGGAACCAGUCCUGCAGCCGUGUUUUAUGUGCAGUUUGCUGUUGUACAAAAAGAUGA